AUGACAACCGAAUUGUGGAACGAAUGGCUUGAAACAUUCAAUAAUGACAUGCGAAAACAACAUAGAAAAAUUAUAAUUUUUGUUGAUAAUUGCACUGCACAUAACAACCCCCCAACUCUCUCUAAUGUACGAAUUGAGUUUCUUCCAGCAAACACAACCUCGAAACUCCAACCUCUGGACCAAGGCAUUAUUAAAAACUUCAAACUUUCUUAUCGAAAGGAAAUUGUAUUUGAAUUUUUGGCUUGCUUGGAUAAUAAUGAUUCUCCGAAAGUAAUCGUCUUGACUGCUAUAAUGAUCAGCCACAAAUCUUGGAACAAUGUGACUACACAAACAAUUCGUAACUGCUUUAGAAAAUGUGGAUUUGUGAAAACUAUUGAUAAUGAAGAAGAAGAAUUCCCUAUCACUUUAGAAGUUGACACUCAACAUAACACAUUAUCUACUGUUCUAGACGAUCAAUUGACGUUAGAAGAUUAUGUUGCUAUCGACGAUGAUUUAGCUGUUUGUGUGUCUCUUACAGACGAUGAGAUUUUUGCCAGUUUUAAUAACGAAGAAGGUAAUGACGAAGAAAAUGACGAAGAAGAAUCUUUUGAAGACCCCAUCGUAACAUCGAAGGAAGCCAAAUUAGGUCUUCGCGCCGUCUUAAGUUAUUUACAGAGAUAUGAUAUUGACGAUAGUGUGUUUUCUAGCAUUUUAAAUCUGGACAAUACUAUUGAUAAGGUAAACUCAAGCAGUUGCAAACAAUCAAAAAUAUCUGAUUUUUAA